UAGUGGAACUCGAGGGUUUAAAUGCAAAAUGACACAUAUCACACCUGUCGCUGGAGGUGUAAAUCGUGACUCGUCUUCUUUUGGAACCUCACGCUUGCCCUCUGGGUUUUAUGAAGGCAACUUUAUCCACAAAGUACCUACGAUAACGGCUCCUCUCGAUUUUUAUUAUUCAUCUCCUUAAUGUGACAACAGGCAAUUCGCCUCCUUCUGCUGGGUAGUGGACUGUGGCUGUUCAUCGUCGGAAAGUGAGGAAAUUAGCUGCUGGUCUUCAGAUCUCGGCGCAGACAUUUUGCUAAGAAUUAGGUUAAAUGAUCUGUGUAACAUUGAUAGGAUCUUUGGUAUGAAACUUUAGGUUAUACUUGCGCAUGAACAACUUUCUCCAUACCGAGCAUUUAGUUGAGAUUAUGCAUUCUGGCUACUGAGGAGGUUUCUUGGGUUCAAGGUCGCAGACCAAUAGAGGGAUUCAAGGGUUUUUUUAAGGUUUUGCCUACGGGCUUUGGAUGCCCAUGGCAGGUAUGCAGCCUACGCGCCUGCUGGGCAUCGACAGGGCCCCCAAUUAUCAGGGUGCGCCACCCGCGGCUGUAUGGAAGAGUGCAUUUCGUGAUGUAGGGUGCCAAAAUUCGUCGCUUUGUUCUGCUUUUUUAGGUUUUAGAGGAUUGAGAUUAGUGGUGGUGAAGAAGGCGGAGGAGUCGCUGGGUGGACGGAAUUAUAAAAAGCAGCCUUACGGAGUGACCCAGAAUGCACUGGCUGUGGACACCAAUCCAGCGACCACAGAACAUUCUUCAGCGUGGAAGAAAUUUCGCUCAGCAAUAGGAAAUGCAAAUCAAACUAUGCAGAAGGUCGGGAAGUUGAAUCACUGGGUGGUGCGCGACUACGACAAGCUCGUCAAUGCAGUCAACAGUCUGGAGACGUAUAUGAGGAGUCUCUCAGAUGCUCAACUUCGUGGCAAGACAGAUGAGUUCAGAGAGCGCCUUAAGAAGGGCGAGACACUCGACGAAAUCCAGGUCGAAGCAUUCGCAGUGGUCCGAGAAGCAGCUAGACGCACUCUUGGUAUGCGACACUUUGACGUCCAGAUUAUAGGAGGAGCAGUGCUGCAUAAUGGCGCCAUAGCCGAGAUGCGCACCGGAGAAGGAAAAACUUUGGUGUCGCCCCUAGCAGCUUACUUGAAUUCUUUGUCAGGGGAGGGCGUACACGUAGUGACUGUGAACGAUUAUUUGGCUCAGCGGGACGGAGAAUGGAUGGGUCGAAUACAUCGUUUCUUGGGGCUUUCUGUGGGCUUGAUACAGUCAGGUAUGGAGCCUGCUGAAAGAAGAGCUGCUUACGCUUGCGACAUCACAUACUCCAACAACUCAGAGCUUGGGUUCGACUACCUUCGCGACAACAUUAGUGACAAAGAGGAGGAUCUCGUCAUGCGGUGGCCCAAGCCAUUCAACUUCGCAAUUGUGGACGAGGUUGAUUCUGUUUUGAUUGAUGAGGGUCGCAAUCCGUUGCUGAUCAGUACCCAGUCUAGUAAGGAUGCGGGGCGUUACCCAGCCGCUGCUGAAGUAGCUGCGCUGCUCAUCCCAGAUUUCCAUUACAAAGUCAACAUCAAGGAGAAGAGUUUGGAUUUGACAGAGGAGGGUGUGGCAGCUGCAGAGCUUGCGCUCGACACUCAAGACCUCUGGGACGAUAAGGACCCCUGGGCCCGGUUCGUGAUUACAGCGCUGAAAGCCAAGGAGUUUCACAUCCGAGACGUGCACUAUAUCGUCAAAGAUGGCCAGAUUCAGAUUGUAGAUGAGUUCACAGGACGCGUGGUGGAGAAUCGGCGCUGGUCAGAGGGCAUUCAUCAGGCAGUGGAAGCCAAGGAGGGUGUGCACAUUCAAGCGGAUUCAAUGACCGUGGCGCAAAUCACAUAUCAGUCCUUCUUCAAGCUUUAUCCUAAGCUCUCUGGCAUGACAGGUACUGCGAAAACCGAGGAAGCGGAGUUCCUAAAGAUGUUCAAAAUGCCUGUUGUAGAAGUACCUACGAAUCUUCCGAACAUCCGACAAGACCUCCCCCUCCAGCUCUUUCCCACCACACGAGGCAAAUGGGACCGAGUGCGGGAAGAGGUUUCUCUGAUGUAUUCUCAGGGCCGUCCCGUUCUGGUAGGAACCACUAGCGUUGAACAGUCUGAGCAUCUCUCAGAUCUUCUUCAGGAAUGGGGCAUACCACACAACAUUCUCAAUGCGCGUCCGAAGUACGCUGCCCGUGAGGCUGAGAUAGUCGCACAGGCCGGACGCAGAAAUGCCAUCACCAUAGCCACUAACAUGGCUGGUCGCGGGACUGACAUCAUAUUGGGCGGCAACCCUGAAAUGCUGGCUAAGGAGAUUGUAGAAAGCAGGCUUUUGGGCUUUCUCACUUCAGAUGGACCGAAUGUUGAUACUGACGGGGCGCCCCUUUCCCAAAUGGCACUGUCGAAGAUCGAGGUUGGGCCUAUCACACAAGCGAAACUAGCGAGAGCGAGCCUUGCUGCGAAAUAUGCUCUAGGGAUGAACGGGAAAGUGUCCAACUACCGACAGGCAAAGGAAACCGUAGCUGCUGCCUUCGAGCUGGCGAAGACCGAGAAAGAGGAAGAUCUUAUAGAGAUGGCAACAGGCAAGGGCGCUGAGAUCAUCACCCUCGGGCCAACGAUUGCUCUAGCUUAUCUCUCCACCUUGCGGGAAUGUCAAGUCCACUGCCGCAAUGAAGGCACAGAGGUGAAGCGUUUGGGGGGUCUCCACGUCAUUGGUACAGCACUCCACGAGUCUCGUCGUAUUGACAAUCAGCUUCGAGGCCGUGCAGCUCGUCAAGGCGAUCCUGGAUCAACCCGAUUCAUGAUCAGCUUGGAAGACGAAAUGUUCCGGAAAUUCAACACGGACUGGGCGAAUAGCAUUGUCCUCAGACUGGGGUUGGAGGAAAAUGUCCCACUCGAGUAUGGUUCCCUCACCAAGCAGCUCCUGUCCCUCCAGACGGCAGCUGAACGAUACUAUUUUGGUAUCAGAAAAUCUCUCGUUGAAUUUGAUGAGGUCUUAGAGGUCCAGAGGAACCACGUCUACACUCUCCGUCAGUCCUUGCUGCUGGAUGAUGCAGAUAGUACCCAUCAGCGCUUGCUACAGUACAUGCAAGCAGUGGCCGACGAGAUGGUCCUCGCAUAUGUGCAUCCCUCCAAGCCACCGACUGCUUGGGAGCUUGAUUCCGUCCUGGAGGAGUUCCACGACCUUUGCUAUAAAACUUCAGGGCGGCAACAAAACUCAGAUGAGCACCAAACUCCCUACGUUUCCCACUCUGACGUAUUGAGUGGUGUUACGUCAGCUAUGCUCAUCGAGGGGCUACGCCACUGUGAAAAGGUAGAUGUAGAUUUUCUCAAGUUGCCAGGUUUGCCAAUGCCUUUCGAAGGGCACAGGAAUCUCCGCUUCAAGGCUGGCUCCAUCUCGCGGUGGAUGGAUAUUAUUUCAGAUCCUGCAGCUGAGAGGGGAAAGUAUGACCGUGAGGUACACUUGCUGAGGAAAUACGUUGGUGAUUUAAUUAUUGGCAUGUUUGAGGAGAAGUUGAAGGGAACCUUGGUGCCUCACUACCAGAUUGAACAAGUAGAGCGAGCUGUGGCACUGAAUGCUCUUGAUCGCUACUGGAGGGAUCACCUUGUGAACAUGAACCGACUGCGAGCUGCUGUCAACGUCCGCUGCUUCGGUCACAUGAAUCCUCUUGAAGAGUACAAGAUUGAUGGCUGCCGAUUUUUUAUUUCCAUGCUGAGUGCUGCAAGACGAACUACUGUGGAGUCGUUGCUGCGACCUUGGAUUCUUGAUGAUAGGCCUGAAGGCGUCGAUUUCGCUUGAUCUUAGCUCUUCAGAUUCAUGUUAUGAUCAAAUGCUGGCAACCUAUGAUCGAUGACGAAUUUCAUGGUGAUCUGGAGCCAUGUCUGAUACGUCUGAUGCAAAGUUGGUGUAAGCGAAGGAAAAUCUCCUGAUGAUGCUGCGGAAUAGAAGCCUUAGACUUUACCUUCGGAAUUUCCUUGGAGUGAGGGACCAUUGAAGACCUCAACCCCUUCGUACAGGGCAUCUCGUAUAUAUGCUCUGCAUUGAGCUACUGUUCUAUGUUUACAGGCUGUGAAGUGAAUCGACGAGGAAACUCUUCAUUGAGAAUUUUGACACUAACCCAUCUGAAGCAGGUAGGCCAAAGUUGCGAAAUGGACACUCUUUAGGCACUCGCUCCGUUCCUUAAGCUUCACAUGUUCUGGACCAUGGUAUUAACAAGAGUUCCCAGUAGUUUCUUAUUUUACCGUAUAAUGUGGCUCAAAGUGUCUUUCUCAAAACCAUUGUGAACUAUUGUGAUGUUUCGUUGUUACAUAUUAGCAGAUGUGUUACACAUUAAUUCUCUUUAAACAA